CUGAUAAAAUAUAGUAGUCCAAGUCGAAUAAGAAACAGGUGUUUUCAGUUCGGAUAUGCUGUUAUAUUUGCUGUUGGACAAGCUAAAACGCUGUCAGGUAAUGAUGCAGUAAAUUACGAAGCAUCGAUUUAUGGCGAUAUUUUGCAAAGCGAUUUCAUCGACGCAUACCGAAAUCUCACUUUAAAGAGCAUUGCCGCGUUUCGAUACGUUGCAGUCACUUGUCCGAAUGCACGAGCAGUCGUCAAGUUGAACGACGUCAUCGGUUGGAAUAUCGAGAACUCAAAGCCUAUAAUCGCUAAUGCUAUAGAGGACGGAAAAAUCCAUUGCAGUCGCAUUGCACCAAAUGGAACACAUAUGCGGAAUCGUAAAUGGUUCACUAUCAAUCGAUUGUCAAAAAAUAUGUACAAUCUUACGCAGUGCCUCGGAAUCGCUUACGUUCUGCCGCGCAGAGCCAUGUUACGAAUUCUAGAUGUUGUCAGCAAGGAGCAAUUCUUCUGGGUACGACUGCUUUCAACUCGUUCAAGUAAAGUUGCACUUCAGAAGUGCAAAAGUGAAAAAGUGUGGUAA